CGAGACUCGCGUACGUUUGGGACGACUCCUCGGAACGGCAAGCGCCGACAUCGAACGCUCUAUAGGGCCCAGGUUGAAGCCGGUGAAAAAGACGAUAGUACAGCUGAAUCCAGCGACGUCGAAUUAUCUAGUGAGCCAGAGGACUGUAUUAUUGUUGCAUCGAGGCGUUGUUGA